AUUCUAACCAUAUAGUUGACCAUCGAAUGCUACACUCUCGCAAUCACAUAAAAUUGAUAUACGGUGAAGUGAAACAUCAAAAGUUUAGGAUAAAAAUUAUAUUAAAAGAUAAUUCAAGACAGUGUCAUCACCACGCGCGUGUCAUAUAAAUCUAAUUAUAGUGGAUGAGUUUCAUAAAUCUCUAUUGAAGACAAUAAUUUACAAAUUUCUUCUUCAAAUUCUUUUGUGCAACUAUAUUCCAAGAAUAAUUGGAUCAGUAGUACCAGUGUUUAAGUUAGUUUAAGAAGAGCCUGGAAGAUUAAGUCUAGAUAUCCUUUCAAUAAUGAUGUUCAACUUCUACAUAAUUGGACAUAAGACAUCAUGGAUGUGAAUUACAUGGAAGAAGAUUUUCUUAUUUUAUCUUUUUUACAAUUGUGCUUAUUGCUGUUAUUAGAAGAAAGGAAUCGAAAAAAGAGAUGGUUAAAUAGGAGAUGGUGGGUGAGACCCAUCAACGUUGCACGUCCUCUGUAUGGGGACUUUGAACAUCUCUUUAACGAAUUGAAAUAUAAUGAUAUCGAUGUAUUUUUUCGAUAUGCAAGAAUGAGGAAAGAAACGUUUAAUCAUUUAUUACAAAUGACAAAGCCUUUUUUAACUAAAUUGAGCAAAAGAGCUUUUAGUCCAGAACAACGAUUGAUCAUAACUCUGAGAUAUUUAGCAACUGGGGAUCAAAUAUUGUCUAUUGCCCUAGCUUUUAGAUGUGGAGAGUCAACAGUCCGAAAAAUUAUUCAUGAAACUUGUUCAGUAAUAGUAAAAAUAUUGCAACCAAUUUACCUUCGUCUACCAAGAGAAGAAGAAUGGAAAAAUAUUUGCACUGGUUUUCUGGAAAAUUGGAAUUUUCCUCAUUGUGUUGGAUCAUUUGAUGGGAAACACGUGGAAAUACAAGCUCCGCCAAAUUCUGGAAGCUUAUUUUUUAACUAUAAAAAGACAUUUAGUAUUGUAUUGAUGGCUGCAUGUGAUCACAGAUAUAGAUUCACAUUAGUCGAUGUAGGUUCGUAUGAUGGUAAUAGCGAUGGUGGAAUUUUUACUUCUUCUGAUAUUCAUUCGGCACUGCAAGAAGAAACAUUAAAUCUUCCUAAAGGAUUCGCAAAUCUUCCUGGAAGCAACGUUAAAUUGCCAUGCUUUUUUCUCGGAGAUAGCGGUUUUCCCAUCAGUAGUAUUAUGAUGCGACCUUACGCUGGAAAAUUACAUGAUGAAAGAAAAAAAUAUUUAAUUACAGAUUGUCUAGAGCCAGACGUACAAUAGAAAACACUUUUGGCAUCUUAUCUUCACGGUGGAGAAUUUAUCGAAAACCGAUUAAUAUGCACCCUAAAUAUAUAGAUAAAAUUGUCAUGGCGACAAUAUGUUUACAUAAUUAUAUAAAGUUUGAGGAAGAUCUUAUGCAAACGGAGAAUAAAAUAUAUUGUCCUCCUAAUUUUAUUGAUUCGGAAGAUGCAACAGGUAACGUUAUUCCUGGAGAGUGGCGGCGAUAUACUCAAAAUGUAUUUAAAGACAUCCCUCCUACUUCAACGCAUAAUGCAACUGCAGUUGCAUAUAGACAAAGAGAUACAUUGGCUGAU